AUGGAUAACUUCGCCGACGUUUUAUUCAAUAAGACUGAACAUGAUAAUAAUUCCACGGAUAGUUAUGAUGAAAUCGUGGACGCAGAGCAAAGUUUGGAAGCUACCAUAAUUCCCGUCGUCUUCUGCCUCAUAUUCGGCCUGGGAUGUCUGGGGAACGGAACAGUGCUCUACCUAGUGGCCAAGUACAAACAACUUCAAACAAUCCCAAAUAUGCUGAUUGUUAACCUCGCUGCAGGUGAUAUGUUGGUGAUAGCUGUGUGUAUCCCUUUCACCGGAACCAUCUACUCGUUUCCGAGUUGGAUGUUUGGGGAGCCGCUGUGUAAGUUGAACGAAUUCUUGCAGACAAUAUCCGUGGCUGUCUCAAUAUUUACCCUGACUGCGCUUAGCGUGGAGCGGUAUAAGAUUAUCGUCUACCCGGCGAGUUACAAGGCAAGUACAAACUGUCGAUACGUCACGUGUAUUAUCAUACUAAUCUGGGUGGUUUCCGUGAUUAUUGGUGUCCCGGAUGUCGUUUCUGCACACGUCAGCUCUUUUGAAACCAAGUCUGGAGAAAUGAUGAAAAUCUGCGUCCACUAUCCACCGACUUGGACCCACAUGUAUCCAAAGGUGCACAGCCUGGUACGUUUCGUCAUACUCUUCGCCCUUCCACUUCUUAUAAUAAGCUUCUGCUACGUCAGACUUACGAAUAGGCUUCUUCAGCCAAUCACAGACUACGACGUGGCGCCGCCGCAAAAUGGCGGCGAAUUCAACAGCUUUGGCGCGUGUAAACAUACGGAGGCAGACAAGGUCAUGCUGGAGCAAAUCCCGCGGAAGGGUACGGUCAUCAGGCGCCGGGAACACUUGGCGAAACUAGUCCUCCUUCUCGUUAUAUUCUUCGCCCUGUGUUGGUUUCCCAGACACAUCUUCCUCCUUUGGUACCACUUCGACAGCAGCCCUUUCAAUCAUUUCUGGCACAUUUUCAAAAUGGUCGGAUUCUGUUUGACAUUUAUCAACUCUUGUAUUAACCCUUGGGUGAUCUAUUCCCUCGAUAUGACCUUCAAGAAUUACUUUCGGAGGCAUUUAUGUUGCUGCUGUUACAAACGGCCUAGUGAGGAAAUGAUCCCGUUAGGAGAUCCAACUGUUGACAUGAGCGCCACCUUAGAUCAGUCUGCAACCUUCGUGUGA